UCACUGCAUUGCAUGAUGGGAUAAAGAAGGUAGAAGACAUGAGAACAUAUAAAGAACCAAAGCGAAUUGAUAAGCCACGCAUCAGAGAUUCAGCAAUCAGACAGCUUAAUGAUGCUGCAAAAUUUGCUGCAAUUCAUUCAGCUGCUGUCAGUUUGCGAGAGGAAGAAGAAAAUGCAAGGAAGUGUGUGGAAGACCGUCCAAGUGGGUCGUGUGACAAUCAUGUGACCCAAGACUUUAGUGUAGAGAAAAAUGUCAUCAACUGUCAAACUGAGAGCUAUAAAACCGAAGUUUCCCUGACAACAGGAACGGUUACUAUAACAGAAGUGGCCAACAAGCCCUUCCCGCUCUCCAGCAGUGAACCAAAAAAUCAAGCUGAUGACAAAGAUUCCUCAUUUUCUUCCUCUCUGUCAUCUAUCCCUACAGACUCUUACAUUUCAUCUGAUGCUAAACUCAGUGACCUUGACAACUCAGGAAUAUCUACCCAUGAUCCUCCACUCUCGCCACACCAGACGGCAGAAAAUGGAAUGGAUGAGGAUGAAAAGAAAAGUGAUCUUGAAGAUUCAGUGGCAGAGAGGAAAAAAUCUACACUCUCAAAAGUUGAGAAAAAGAAGACUUCAAAACCUGUGAAAAAGAAAGCACUGAUAGACCGUGUUGAUAAAAAGUCUCCAAAAGAGAAAGUAAAGAAGGUUGUUGUGAAAAAGAAAGUAAACAAGAAUUCUCAUGAAGGAAAAAUUAUCAAAAAUAAGACUGUUAAAGGAAAAAAGAAAGCAAAAACUGGGGAGGAAAAUGAAGACGUUAGUGCUGUUGAUUCAUCAUUUGGUGACAACAGCAAGACAGAUGAAAGUGGAGCAUCUGUGUCUCCAAGAGCAUCUAAAAGGACACCAAAAAGGAAUCGUAAAUAUCACAGUGACGAUGAGCAAUUCCGGAAUAUGGAGGAUGGCAGUCCAAGUCGUAAGAGGUCCCCAAGAGCUGUGAGGAAGAGGAAGAUUAACUUCAAUGAGGACGAGGAUGAUGAGUUUGAAGAUGAACGUUUUGAUUUUGAUGUAGACUUACCUGAAAAAGUGGAGGUAGCAAAACCAAAACCUCCACCUAAAAAGUGGAAAAAGGUGGAGUUGAAUAGUGAACAUGGGAAUAGGGAAAAUGACAAUGACACUAUGGUCACCGAUGAUCUUAUUCCUAAGCCAAAAAAGACUAAAGGAUUGAAAAAAGUUAAAACUAAAAUUAUCAGUGAUGAUGUAGUGCCUAAUGAAAUAGAAAAUGUGGAAAAAGAAAAAGACAGUCCUCCAAAGAAAAAGAAAUUAGUGAAGAAAAAGAAAGUGGAUAGUGUGAUAGAUAAGGACAAUGAUGAGAAAGAUAGUGCUACAUCUGAGGUGAAACCUCCAAAGAAAAAGCGACCGCCAAAGAAGAAGGUGGAGAGAAAUGUGGAAAGUAAAGAAAAUGGGGAAAAUGUUAUGGGGAAUGGAGAGGAGGAAAAUGAGGAAGGAUCUGAAACUGAGGUGAAAAAAGAGCAAGUGAUUAUGUAUUGUCCGUUAUGUGGACAUCUAUCACGAAGCAAGAGUGCUAAUACUCGACACAUCAGAAGGUGUGUGGAUAUUCCCAGGACAGACAAUGUGACUGGAAAGUCUGCGGAGGUUGGAAAAUCCAUGGAAAGUGGAAAGUCCAUGGAGGCUAAAGUGGAUCAGGAGAAGGAAAAGAAAGAAAACUUAAAUGAGUUGGAGAAUAAGGAGGAAAAAGAUGAAAUGCUUGUUGAUCAAAAACCAAUUAAUGAGGUGAAAGUUAAAGAAAAAGAGGAGGAGAAUGAGUCAAGAGAAGAAAAGGACCACUUGGAUUCUAGUUUUGACUUAUCUGGGGAUGAGGAAGAGACUGUGGAGAAGCAGACGACAGACUCAAAACCUGAAGGAACAAGUCCAAAAAAAUCAAUAAACAUUGAAACUCUCAUGAAAAAACAAAGCCCAGACACUACAUUUAAAUGUGAACAUUGUGAGUAUGCCACACCCAAGCGAGCCAUGCUGGGGAGGCACCUAAGGACCCAUGGGAUAUACGUCUGCCUUCGAUGCAAUCUGGUCUAUGACUCUAAGGAAGUUCUCAAGGAGCAUGUGUUUCAGGAACAUAAAGAUCGUGCCGAUUAUAAACUUUGUAGAAAGUGUAGUCGGUAUAUACGAUGCCAUGAGAUAUCAUUAGAAAAACAUAUGGAAGAAUGUACGGGACCUGUGCCAUUUAAGUGUAAAUUCUGUGAGAAAGAAUUCAAGUACGAGUCUUCAUUAAAAUCUCAUAUUAUUCGUCAUGAUCCAGAUGCACCCAAACGCUUCAACUGCCCACAGUGUACAUACAAAUCAAACUACAAAGCCAAUCUCAAAAAGCAUUUAAAAAAUAUUCACAACACUGAACGUGUCAAACAAGAGUUUCCAUGUACAUUUGAAAACUGUGAAAAGAAAUUUCACACAGAGGACAAUUUGAAACGGCAUUUGAAGUUUCACUCGGAUGUGAGGAAUUAUCAAUGUCCCCAGUGUCCUAAACGUUUCAAAACAUCGGCAGCUUUAAGGGGUCACGUGAUCGUACAUGACCCUGCUCGUCCAUUUAAGUGCAAUAUCAAUGAUUGUACAAAAGACUUCAGAUCCAAAAAACUCUUGAAAAAUCAUAUGGAGGAAUAUCAUAAUUUAACUGAUAAAAAAUUUCCGUGUGAUUUUGAGGGCUGCAAAUUUACUUUCUUUAAAAGGAGUCAUUUGCAAAGACACAAAAUUUCCCAUACAGGUGAGCGGAAGUUUGGCUGCUCGGUGUGUGGGAAGGCUUUCAGACAUGCAGACAACCUGAAGGUUCACAUGAGGCAGCACACCAAUGAGAAACCAGUGGCUUGUGAUCUGUGCAGCUUCACGUGUCGUCAGAAAAGCUCACUGCAGUAUCACCUACACAAAUUUCAUGGAAUUGCUCCCAAACCAAAGAAACCCAAGAAGCAAGGGGAGGGGAACAACAUGGCAUCACCAAGUGACAGCAAACCAAGCUCGGUAUCUCACGAGUUCAAGGAGAACCAGAGAGAUUCAGUUGAGAAAACCGAAAAUAGUUUCGACUCAAAACCACUGACUCCUAAACCCAAACCUGCAAAUCCUGCGAUGGACUUGUAUGAAUUCCGGUCGGAUGAGGAAUUUGACGAUGACUCGGUGUUGUUGCCUUUACGACAGGAUAAAACGUCUACGCCAAUUCGUCAUGAGAAGACUUCGUAUUUGUCACACACACCAAAAUCUGAUCUUAUAGACAGGACUUCUAAGAGUUUAGACUUUGACGAGGACAAACUCAGUGAUAUUGAUACUCAGACGGACAAAACAGAAACCGAAGAUCAAAAAGAGAAAGAAUCUAAAACCAUAAAGGAAGAGGAUGAUGAGGAGGAAGACGAACCAGCUAAACCCACUGCCAAAACCAAGAAACCGAAGAAAUCACCAGGAAGGAAGAAAAAGGUUAAAGCUGCAGAAACCACAUCACCAUCAAAACCAGACAAGGAGGAGAGUGCAAAACCAGAGGAAACAGAGGAUGACAAGAAGGAGAAACCAGUCAAACCGAAAGGAAAGAGAGGAAGAAAACCCAAACCAAAACCUGAAGAAGCUCUGACAACAGAAACUACUGCUGAUAAAAAAGACUUAGAACAACCACCUGUCAAACCUCCAAGGAAGAAGCCAGGUCCCAAACCUAAAAAUAAAACAAAGUCACCUGAAGAUGCUGUAAAAGUACCCAAGAAACGGGGGCCCAAAAAGAAGAAACUGCCAGUUCCUCAUGAUGAUUUAACCGAAGAGGAACCAAGUUCACCACAGAAGAAAAAACGUAAAUAUGUACGCAAAAAGAAACUUGAGAAGCAGGUGGAAGAGAAGAGAUCAAAGGGAGGGAAGAAGAGGGAAGAUGCUGAGACAGAGGAGGAAGAUACAAUUAUAUACAGUGAGUUGGAACACAAUACUGCCAAUGAAGAUGACGGGGAAGCUACAGAGAUCGAGGGCUUCAAUGAUGAAGAAGGGGGAAACAAAUCUCCCGAUUCACCAAAGUCACUGGGAGGAGGACCUCACGAACCUAGAGAGGAUGUGGAGAAGGAAAAAGAAGUGGAGGAAGAGAAGGACAUGAGUGAGGAUGAAAAGGAAAAACUGGAAGAGAAAGUGGAGGAACCAGUGGAAACAAAGUCAACUAAAGAGGAGGAGGAGAAGAGGACAAGUGAGGCAGAGAGUGACAGAAUGAGUAGUGGGAUUGAUACUGAUUUUGAGGAUGAUUUGAAGCCACCUCCUGCACCUCGACCUCCUCCCGUGGUGGAGAGCGAUGAAGGAGACAUUGAAUCAGGACCAGAGGACAUGGAUACUCCUGGUCGAGAUUUUGAGUCAACUCCACCUAAAUCAGUACAGAACCACAGUGUUCAGAGUCUUCCUGGCAGGGAUUAUGAAUCCACCCCAAGAGAUUAUGAAUCUACUCCUCCAAAAUCAGUGCAACCAGAUAGUGUUCCCAACUAUGGCAGCAAUGAGAAUAAGAAUGAUGUUAUGUCUCCACCUUCUAAGGGAUACUCCAGUGUUGAAGCAGCUAAAAGAGAUCUUUCUGUUGACUCUCAAAAUGAGGACCGGGAGAUUUCUAAUCCUGUGCCGAGCAACAGCUAUCCACAGGCUGGAUCUGUGGAGCACCCCUCAUCAGUAGCUAGCAACCCCCCACCAGGGUCUCAAAGCAAUACAGGGUAUGGGUCACAGUCAGAAUCAGCCAUGCCAGAGGUAGACAAAGAUUAUCUUGGACAGUACCUCCAGCAGUUUGAUUCUGGGGGUAGGUCUUCAGACGACAACAGCCGACUCAACCCAUCUGUAGAAAGACCUCCAGAACAUAUCAACAUUCCUACAUCACCCCAAGAUAAAGAGUUGCCUCCCCUUAAUUUGAGUUCAUCAGUGCCACCUUUAAACCUCAGCACUACUCCAGAUAGAGACUCCAUGCAUACUAAGGGAGCUGACUUGUCUAAUAAGAGAAUGGAGAUUUUGGCCUGUGAUAGACAACAAGAGGAACACUUUCAACAGAGGUCUGAAAACCAAAGUCGUUCAUCAGAGCGAAUACCUGAUAAUGUGUAUGAUAGCCUGUCUUCUGUUAUGAACUCCUAUUUGCCUGGGUCAAGAGAAAAUCCAGCUCUCUUCCCUCCUACAACUACUUCAUCUUAUGCAUUUUCAGAGAGUGAAUCAAUUCUUCAGCGGCAAAGAAUGACCACUCCAUUUCUCACUCAAAGUGACCCAAAUGCUUUACAAAACUUACAUAGAAUGGCUGACUCUGCUUUAACUGCUAACAAUCCAGCAUCUCUUCUCAGACGGCCGACAACAGUUCCUUCCAGGGAGGAGAUAUUUCCACCACCUUCAGCUGUCUCACAGACAAUGGCUCGUAACCCUUUCCAUACCUCAUGGACUUCCCAAGAUGUUAGACAUCCACACUGGAGUCAGGCAUCUUACCUACAGAGACAGACAGGGUCCACUACUAACCCUCUCUUUCCAAAAGAUAACUACCUCCCAGGAAGAGAUUUCAUGUUUGACACAUCCAGACGCACGGUGACAGAGAGGAAUAUGUUCCCAGGCCUACCACAGACACAGAGACCCGAUCUUCCACAUGAGACCUUCCCAGGAUUUGAGUUUGGUUAUUUUGGGAGCCAUGGUUACCCUGGUGCACCACCACUGGAUUACACAAGAUCCUCUUCUCAAACCGCUCAGAAGACAUUCGAUGAGAGAUAUCGACAGACAGCCACAGGAAUGGGAGAUUUCAGAACGCUUCCUCCUUCGUCUUCCUCAGACAUGUUCAGAUCCAUGAAUCCAUCUUUUAACUUUGAUAAGUACAUGUAUGGUAGAGACCCUGUGUACCACCCUCAGCAUGUAGGAGACACAACCAACAGCCCGUUCCUCACUCAUGGAGUACCCUCACAGCAUGCAAUGUUUGACAGAGACUACACCAGGGGGUUUUAUCAUCAGAACAGCCCCUACAGCUUCAUGAAUGACAAGCCUUAUGCUGCUGCUGCAGCUGCGGCAUCAGCCAAGUUGACCCAUUCUUCUACCCCAGGGAUGGGCCAGGACAGAGACUUUGUGCCACGCCCAAACACUGCAGCAGCUGCUGCGGCCGAUAGCCAGAUACCUAUGCAGGAUCCGUACCGACACCCAAUGUUAUACAAUAUGAUGAAUAGGUACUUUGAGUCCUGAAAAAUUAGUAAUUAUAUUUAUGUGUUUCAAACGUCUGAUUACGCUUGGCGGCCAGUGAAGUAAAAUGUAAGAAAAAUUCAGUGUUGAAGAGGAUGGAACAUGAAAGGCACCAAAGGAAAGAGAAAAGGGGGAUGGCCUUGUACAAUAUGGUGAGAGUAUUGAAUGACUUCAGUAUCUACCUAAACAAAAAGGAUGUUAUGGUAUAUAUAAUAUAUAUGUUACAGGAUUAAUUUUUGUUGUUGUGAUACACCGUAGGUUAAGUGUAUAAAUUAUUAAUGUAUCGGUGCCACAACUCUGAGAUGGCAAAGCUGUUAUUUUGUAAAAAUAUCUCCUAGGCUCUGGACCUUGCCUUGAUAGAUCUUGUAAUUCUGUGUAUAAGUGAAAUCCUCAGACUUGUAUAAUAUCGUGUUGUGAAAUCCUGUCAUUAUGUGGAUGUUGUUUGCUUAUUGCUGCCUAAGUGAUAGAAAAAUAUGUACUUAAUAGGUAGAUAAGUGUACAAGUAUUUACAUGUAUCUGCAAUAAAAUUUUUAUUACAUGGAAUAUCAUAUUACAUGUAGAGUAUAGACUCAGUAUUUUCUUCUGUUGAUAUACAGAAGAUAAAUGUGAACAUGAAUGUGCCUGUGGUAGCAAAAUAAGUCAGUUUUUUUUUUCUUAAGUUUUAAAAUAAAAACACUUAAAUGUAAAUCAAUUUUGCGAUCUCAUACUAAAUCAUCUUUCAAGGGCUUUAUAUGAUCUAUUUUUGUAUUUAUAUGUUAAAUUAGCUGUUAAAGUGUAAGAGAAUGUGGGAAAAAAUACUAUUCUUGUAUAAAACAUAUCCUUAGACUUGAAGUAUAAAGAAUCAUGUGAUCUCUGAUCAUGUGACUUGAUUGACCUAUCAGAGUGCUUUUUCCCAUUUAAAACCAUGACAAACUUCAUACUGCAUUUCAGAUGUUGCAAGUCUGACACAAAACUUGUAGUGCCAAGGCAAUGUAUUUGUAAUUGGAAGUUAUUAUGAACAACUGAUGAAAGGAAAUGUGCAUUAAUAUGAUAUCAAGUGAGUUGCAUUCUUUAAUUUGGUGCAUAACUGUGUGCAAUUGUAUAAAUCAUAUUUGCAUUUUUUAAAUUUGCAUAAUGUCGGGGGAAAAAACCAUGAACAAAUUGUUUUAUGUAAUAUAGCUGUAUUUUGAGGCACACAUCAUUUUUUUUUUUACACCAAAAAAAAUCAUUUUCCAUUUCUUUUCACACAUUUUAUAUUUGAUCGUUAAAUUCAUCUGUACAAAAAUACCAUCGCCAAUUUUUACUGGUUGUAUUUCCUAUCGUGUGCAUUACUUGCAUGACUAUAUCCUGGUGACUCCCAAGAAAUACAGUUUAUAUAUAUACACACCUUUAGUAUUUAUUUGUAAAAUGUUGAUGCAUGGUGUCUGUAGUACCUCUAAAUCAACAAAGUCCUGCACCCUUAUUUGUUGUUGUUUAUGCCUUUUAUUUUAGUUUUAAUUUAAUUUUGUUUUCAUUUCUAUUUGAUUGAACAAAACCAAAAUGUAAUUGAACUGCCAAGUAUAGAUGUCUGAACUUGAUUCUCCUCAGCAGUGUAGUAUCAUUUUCCAUAAAUGAUUAACUUUUAAUAGAUCAAAUUAUGUGCAUCAUUUUUUUUUUCUUUCAAAAAACCUGAAAUGCCUUUUCCUGAGAUUCUACAUCCUUUGAUUUUUUCCCAAUUUUGUUAUGAGCACUUGUCAAAAAUCUAUCCCCCAAGAAAGGGAAGUUUAAUUACGUAAGGAAAAUAGCAUUGAAACCUUUAGAUAAUUCAACCAAUGAGACUUUUUUUUUGCAGAUGUUUUAUUUUUACUUCAAUAUAUUUGCUUAUAUAUCAAACAAAUUCAACAUAUGACCUAGAAGGGAAAUUAAUGUAAUAAUUUCACAGCAUUUUGUUUUCUCUCUCUCAGGGUUUGUUGCCAGUAUUUUUUUUUAUUUUAGGGUUCAUUACCUCUCUUUAAGUAGAAUACAAAGGCAUUAUGUAUAUUUUAUCAAAAGAACACAUGCACUCAAGGGUACUGAUUUUAAUACAAGCACACCAGUAAUAGGGGAGGGUUUUUAACUUUCUAGACAUCUCUUUGAUGAAUUUUUCUUCUGCAUUGGAAGAAUGCUUGGGCAAAAAAAUUACAUACUGAGGAGUUGAGUAAGAUUUUGUUUAGAUUUUGGCCUUUUGCUAUAGAAAGUUCUCUGAUCAUUAUUUGUGUGUCUGAUGGUAUUUUAAUUUCUUACUGUAAUUUGUAUGCCCUGUCAAGAAAGAUGGUAUAGAUAUUUCUCUUUUGGUCCUAAAACAGUGUUUUUGUUUUUUGGAAUGACAGGAAUUCCAUACUUUUUUGAAAUCAAAAUACUUUUUUUCCCUAAAAUAUGCUAAUAAUGCCAGUCAGUGAUGAAGUUUUUGCUUCUCGGAACCAUUUGAACCAUACACUUGCCAAGAUAAAGGUCGAAUUGUCAUUUUCACUGACCUAUAGUGAUCUUGUAAAAAUUGAGAUACUUUGACAGCCGAAAUUCCAACAUGGCCACCAUGAUUUCUGGUUCACAGAAUAAAUUUUUAAUUGUCAUUCUCAUGAAGUCAGACAUACAAGUAUGUAUAAUUAUUCCAAAAGGUCUUGUAUAUGGAUUUGACUUAGUAAAAGAUUUUUUUUUUUUAUUUUAAAGCAUGGAUAUAUCAUUUUUCUGUUGAUAUAAGGCAGGGAUUUCAAAGGAAAUUAAGGGAGAUUAAAGAGCUUAUUAUCUGAUGUGACCCAUGUGAUCAAUAUGGCACCUUCGAUGGGUUGGUUUAAUUUUAUUUUUUUGUUUUACAGCAUUUUGAAAACCAGUUUUAAAUCAGUUUUAUUAUUCUGUUUUAAAGACUUUCAGUUUUAAUACCUAAUUUUGUUACUUUUAUACCGAAUGUUGAUUUUCUCCUGGUUAGGUUAAAGAUGUAGGAAUGUAUCUGCUGAAUUGUUUAUUGUUUGUAUAAUUUGUACAAUUUUAUUUGUAAAUAUAUAUAUAUAUAAUUGUGUGAGUUUUUUUGUGUUGUUAUUGCGAUAUAUACUAUACAUUCAUUAUCAUUAUAUAAAUAUUUAUAAAUAUAUAUAUAUAUAUACAUAGUUACGGCAAUUCUGCUUGUUGUUCGAUAGGAAACCAAAAAAAAAAUUGUGAAUGUUGUUAAAGUUAUGUCCCUUUAAAGUUUUUUAAUUACAAAUUUUAUUCUGUAAACUUGAUGUUUGUGCAAAAUCUUUUUUUUUUCUUCUGUAAAUGAUUUUGGGACAAAAAAGAUUGCUAAAAAUAGCUCCCAUUUAUAUAUAGAUAGCAUAGAUCAUUUUAGAGAUAGUUUUAGAGAAUAAACAUUUUACUAUAUGUCA